UUCCCUCGUGUCACUUCGGAGUGACAGUUCGCUCCUCGUGCGACAUCCGUUUCCGUUCGUUUUAAAAAUUGCUAAUUUGAUUUCAAGGAUUGAGUCCAAGGAUAAUACUUUUUAAUACUGAUUAGAUUUCGGUGAUUUCAUUUCGAGUGAACUCAAAUCUCGAGCUUACGAACGCGAGUGAUUCUUAUGCUAGCUCGUGUCCAAGUGGAAAUCUGACAAUGGGUCCUCUACUCUUGUAGAAAGGUGGACUCGUGUUCAGCGAGAUUACAUCGGUCGCGAUCCCCUGUUGAAAGCAUCGAAGCGAGUGUCCCGUUAAACUGGCGAUUUUUAAUGAAUUAUUCUCAGGAACAAUAAUUGAAGUUAACUACGGUUCAACUAAUGUUUAUGAUACCUGCGAAAGGAAAUGAUCCUUCACACGAACGAGUUAAUCUAAAUUCUCUCUUCGCUCGAUGAAUCCAUCUUUUUCUUCAUCGAUGAUGCAAUAAAAGCGUCUCCGCGUAAUAACAUCGUAUGCAAUCGAUGCAAUGAAAUAAAGUGCGAACGUGAAGCUUGGUCGUCUGGAACAGAUUCUUUGCAAAAGCCCUCGAACCUUCGCUGGAAGAUGAAGGAGUGAUAUUUUCGCGGUGUAUGGCUUGCGCGCGAUAUUGAAGGACAAGGAAGGAGUGUCGUUCGAAUUUCACGAGAGAAAGAGAAAGAGAAAGAGGGAAAAGAGGAGGGAAAAGAGAAUGGAUUCGAUACGUGACCUGAAACGAUUGUUGUACGAGCGUACGGAGGCGUUGCGACGUCGCGACGAGACCGUCGAGAUGCUCGAGAAGGCGCUCGAGGAGCGCGAUGCCACGAUCCGUUACCUGCAAAACGAGAUCGAUAAGUUCCGGCAGAUUGUCGACCUGAGCUUGGCAUCCAACGCCAUCAAUUCUAAUCCGAGGCUGAAGCGGCAGGCCAUAUCGGCCGAACCUCUCAGAAAUGACACGGCCAAGCCGGUGAUGAAGUUCACCAAAUCGAAAAGGUCUCGCGAACUAAUCAAGACUGCCAUUCUGGACAACGACUUUAUGAAAAAUUUAGAACUCACGCAAAUCCGAGAGAUCGUCGAUUGUAUGUAUCCUGUUAUGUUUCCGGCUGGCUUGACAAUUAUUCAAGAAGGCGCUGUCGGUUCUACUGUCUUUGUCAUGGAGGAGGGUAAGGUCGAAGUGUCGAGAGACGGCAAAUAUCUUAGUACCUUGCAACAUGGUAAAGUGCUGGGGGAGCUCGCUAUUCUUUACAACUGCAAAAGGACAGCGACGAUUACCGCGGCAACUGAUUGUCAUCUCUGGGCCAUCGACCGACAAUGUUUCCAAACCAUUAUGAUGAGGACUGGUCUCUCGAGACAGGCGGAAUACACGGACUUCUUGAAGAGUGUGCCGAUCUUCAAGAACUUACCCGAAGAAACUCUAAUCAAAAUUUCGGAUGUUUUAGAAGAGACGUUUUACAAUUAUGGGGAUUAUAUAAUAAGGCAAGGGGCGAGAGGUGACACGUUUUUUAUCAUCAGUAGGGGACAAGUACGUGUGACAAUAAAACAGCCGGAUACGAUAGAGGAGAAAUAUAUCAGAACGUUGGGAAAGGGCGACUUUUUCGGCGAGAAAGCUUUACAGGGAGAUGAUCUCAGGACUGCCAACAUCAUUGCUGAUGAUCCAGAAGGAGUAAGCUGUUUAGUUAUAGAUCGUGAGACGUUUAAUCAAUUAAUUUCAUCCUUGGAUGAAAUUCGAACGCGAUACAGAGACGAGCUAGUGGAACGUAGAAGGCUAAACGAGGAAUUCCGGGAUGUACGAUUACAAGAUCUUCGGACUAUUGCGACUCUCGGCGUGGGUGGUUUCGGAAGAGUUGAAUUAGUUCAAAUUGCCGGAGACGGCACACGAUCCUUCGCUCUCAAGCAAAUGAAGAAGACGCAAAUCGUCGAGACGCGACAGCAGCAGCACAUUAUGUCGGAAAAGAGAAUCAUGAGCGAAGCGGAUUGCGAUUUUGUAGUGAAGCUUUUCAAAACAUUCAAAGAUAGAAAGUAUCUUUACAUGUUGAUGGAGGCUUGUUUGGGUGGUGAAUUGUGGACCGUUCUAAGGGACAAGGGACACUUUGACGAUGGCACUACGCGGUUUUAUACCGCAUGCGUUGUGGAAGCAUUCGAUUAUCUGCACUCCAGAAAUAUCAUCUACAGAGAUCUUAAGCCAGAAAAUCUACUUUUGGAUAAUCAAGGAUAUGUUAAACUCGUGGAUUUCGGCUUUGCUAAACGGUUGGAUCACGGUCGGAAAACGUGGACUUUCUGCGGUACUCCAGAAUACGUGGCACCGGAAGUCAUUCUGAAUAAAGGUCACGAUAUAAGUGCCGAUUAUUGGUCUCUCGGAGUUCUUAUGUUUGAAUUACUUACGGGGACGCCUCCUUUUGCCGGUGGCGAACCAAUGAAGACGUAUAACAUUAUUUUAAAGGGAAUCGACGCUAUAGAAUUUCCUAGAUCUAUCACGCGCAACGCGAUGGCGCUUAUCAAGAAACUUUGCAGGGAUAAUCCAGCGGAACGUCUGGGAUACCAAAAAGGCGGCAUUAGUGAAAUACAGAAACACAAAUGGUUCGAUGGUUUUAAUUGGGAAGGUUUGAGAACGAGAACUCUAGAACCGCCAAUACUGCCACGAGUCCAAAGUGCUACGGAUACUACGAAUUUCGAUGCUUAUCCGGCUGAUACUGAUCCACCACCACUUGAUGAUAUUUCCGGUUGGGAUAACGAUUUUUAACGCAAAAUGUAUAGAGGAUUUAUAUUUAAUAUUCGCGUUUUUUAAUCACUUGGCAGGAAAUCGUAACAGCACAUGACGAUUUCUCGAUCAUACGAGACAAUUGGCGACACCUGCAUUUAUAUUUAUACUUCUCUCAUAAUAUUACGUGAUAUAUCAAUUGCAGUUGCAUUUUAUCAUAUUUUUACACUUUUGUCCUAUUUCAUAUAAUCGAUUAAAACGAGGGAAACUGCACUGUGAUAAAAUAUAGAAUUUUUACGGAUUUUUGGAUGAUAUAGAUAUUAGCAAAAUUUAAAAAAAAAAAGAGAAGAUUUAGACCUAAAUUUUUUUAUUUAUGUCGCGUUUGUGUCUGUUCCAGAAAUAAAGUAUCUCGAGUGUUAUAUAUAUAUCAUAAUAGAAUACUUAUGCAAGUGUCAAGUGCCAUUAUUACCUCGAGAAGGUAAAUUCAUGUACGUUCAUACUUGUGCUCAGAAACGCGGUCACACGCAAAAAACAGUCAGCUCAAGUCCAAGGGACCUCUUGCCAUUCAUACUUUAGCUUGUCAGAAUGUGCAUAUAGUUCAAUCUAUCAGAUGUUAAAUUUUUUUAUGGCAAGUUCAUUGUUGUUUGAUUCAUGCUUUAGAGUUUAUUAUU